AUGACUGCCGGGGACCUCAGACUGCCAACAAUUCUCACUCGUUUCUUUCCGGCAACUAUAACAAGCCAACAGAGAGAUCUCAUAGGCUAUAUUUGGCGUCUUGGAUUGAUGAAUCGAAAACAAUGUUUAUCGGGUUCUUUCGUUGGGGUUCCUGGCUCGCAUGCCGGCAUUGACGAGCCACGGAAAGGCGAGACAUCGGCAAUGGGGAGCACGGAGACACCCUUCUGGCCUGUUCCUGCGUCAAAGGCAAGCACCAACGGGUCCAAUCAGAUAUCCUUGCUCACAUGGGCUGCCAGAUGUGGCCGUCUCAUGAGCCGCCGCCAAGUUCUAGUACCUGCAUACCGUACGGCUACAGUGUCUGCGAGCGUCGCUCUCGAGGAAUUCCUCGAUGGAGCGGGUAUGGACGACUGCGGGGCCGGCAACGAGGCACCAGAGUAG